AUGUCUCACCAACCCAGCUCUGCGGAGGAGCUGUACGAACUCGUUUGUGCUCUGCAGAAGGAGCAGCAACUGACGCACGUCGACCUCCGCACGGUGCAACGACGCACCGAGGCGCUACGGCAGGAGCUGCAGCGUCAGCAGGAACUCAUUGCCGAAGAGCAGGCGAGGCAAGAGGAGCUCGCCGCGAAGCUCACGCAAGGUUGUGUCGAGCGCCGACUUGCGGAGGCGCACGCGAGAGGAGUUGCACGCGCCAGUGCGGAUGCGGCGCAGGAGCUGUGCUUUGAGAGGCGGGCAUUUGUGCAAAAGUGCCACGACUACGUCCUCUCGGUUGGGAAAGGGCCAACUGAUCGUGGGCGGUUCGACUUAUUCCUUUUGCCAAGCAAAGGCACAAUUCUUUCCACCGCUACAGAUGGGUCGUGCUCAGGGACCUUCACUACUGCGGCAGUUGAGGCAGGCCGCGAGGCGUCGUUCCUGCCGGCUGCGGCUGUGCAUCAGCUGCUCCUCUCGCUGAGCAAAAAACUGACGCGGUGUAUCGAGGUUGGCGCAACAGCGGUGCUCGCUCCACUCAACGUUCCAUCUACAGUGACACUAACGACGGAGGAACGUUCAAGGGAGAAGCCUUCUGACCGCCGCCCUUCCGCCGUGCAAUGGUCGACCGCAACAGUGGUGGCCACCUUGAUGGCUGCACGUAUCACUACCACAAACCCCCACCGUCCAUCAUCAGCACACGUGAUGGAGGGGAAUGUGGGUAGCGCUGCUGAUGGCCAAAGAAGCCCCCAUGAAAAGAAACGCAUCGGUUUUGCGCCGGCGAGUUGCUUCGAGCGAGUGACGACAGUGCCCGCCGCCAACGUGAACCGCGGAACGAGCCAAGCGCACCCAGUGGAGGGAUCACCAUCUACUGCCAACAACGCAGCAGUGGUGCUGCCGUCUGCUAAUAUAGCGACUGAUUGCAGCAAUCAUCCCGCGCAUGCCUGCCUGAGGAGUGGAUCAUGCCCACGCACGCAAAGGCCCAGCGGCCACUUCACCGUCCGACUUGCCUCGCGCUCUGCGACGCUCGUUGCUGAGGCCGCAGCCCUUGGGGCAAAGCGGCAGCGUUCUUCCGAAGCUGCGAAAAUCACCCAGUCAUCACCUCCGAAAGCAGCAAGAGCAGGCGGCGAUAAGGGGGCUUCUACCUGCACUGUGCCACAGUGCGCCAAUGUCACCGCUGCGUUGGCGCCCACGUACACUAACGACCGUGACCGCCUUGUUGCCUCCGUAGACUUACCGUUGCUGCGCUCCGCCGAGACUCAGGGAAACGGCAACAGUAGAUCAAGUCGACGCUCAGUGUGGACGUGGACGCGUGGGACGACAUAUGGUGACUGA